AUGUGCAACAACGUGGCGAUGCUCCUCAACGAGUUCACCAACACGCUCUGCUUGGGGCAUGCCGGCAAUGAAGCUGAGCUCGCAGCGGUGGGGCUUGGCAACAUGAUGCAGAACUGCUGCGCGUUGAGCUUGGGAAUCGGCUUGACCAGUGCCUUAGACACCUUCGUGAGUCAGGCCCAUGGGGCAGGUCAGCACAGCCUCUGUGUGCAGUAUCUCCAGCGAAGCCGCGUUAUCUGCACGGUGCAGCUCAUUUGGAUGAUUCCCUUGCUGUGGUUCAGUGAUUCCAUUCUGGAAGCCGUGGGCCAGCAUCCGGAUGUGGCAAGGCACGCUGCAUCCUACAAUCGAGUUGCUUCCUUCGGGCUGUUUGCCCAGUUCCAGUACCAAGGGAUCCUGGCGUACCUCCGGAAUGUGUCGAUGCCGCAGCCUGCGAUGUGGAUAGGAGGAACCACCAGCGUCCUCCACAUCGCGUGGGCCAUGCUGUUCAUCGUGGUCUUCAAGUGGGGCAACUUGGGUGCAGGCUCUGCGAACGUCGUGACCUGGAUGCUUCAGUGGCUCCUAGGGUCGGUCGUGAUGACUUGCAAAUCGUCUGCCCUCCACGUCAGCUGGAAGGAACUUCUCCUGGUGCAGCGCGCGGCCUUCACGCAAUGGCGAGCCUUCUUGAACGUGGCCGUGCCGGCGACCAUUCAGAUCUGCAGUGAGUGGUGGUUCUGGGAGCUUUGCGCGCUGAUUGUCGGCUACUUGGGGCCAGUCCCCCUUGCCGGCCAUGUGGCCACGCUGAACCUGGUGGCUCUGCUGUUCAUGCCUACCAUUGCCUUGGGCAAUGCCUCCGCCUCCGUGGUCGGCAAUGCGAUCGGCGCCAAGCUUCCGAGGAAAGCGAAGUACGGCGCCUGGCUCUGUGUUGGCUUGGAUGCUCUGAUGUGGACCGUUUUGGCCGUAAUCCUGCUCGUGAUGAGGGAUUUCGUUCCGAAGCUGCUGACAUCCAAAGAAGCCGUACAAGACCUGGUGCAAAAGCUCUUGAUGAUCUACCUGCUCGCCGGAUACCCGGACAACAUGCAAAACGUCAUGGGCGCCACGCUGCGCGGCAUGGGCAAACAGAAGGCAGCGUCCAUAGUCUACCUCGUUAGCUUCUACGUGAUCAUGCUCCCCGUCGGCUGCGCGCUCGUUUGGCCUGCGAAGCUGGGUGUCGAGGGGAUGUGGUACUCGAUGGGCAUCGGCACUGGUCUCGCGGUCAUCGUACUCGGAGGCAUCCUUUACAAGGUCGAUUGGGCGGAAUGCGCGCGCGAAUCCGAGGAGCGCAUGCGAGCGAACGGGAUCAAG